AUGCAUUGGGACGAAGCAGCCGAGUUGCAGUUGUUUCAAAUGAAUGAAAUGGAGGAGUUUCGGUAUCAUUCCUAUGAGAGUGCGGCUUUGUAUAAAGAAAAGAUGAAGCAUUAUCACGAUGUCAAACUUUUAAAGAGAGAUUUUCAACCGAGUGAUUCGGUGUUGCUAUUCAACUCAAGGUUGAAGCUCUUUCCAAGCAAAUUGAAAUCCAAGUGGUCCGGUCCUUUUACUUUGGUGAGUGUUUCACCCAAUGGUUCGAUGGAAUUGAAGUCCAAAGAUGGGACUCAUACUUUCAGAGUGAAUGGCCAUUGGGUAAAGCACUAUCAUUUGAUUGUUGAUGGUGACAAGAUUGUCGAUGCUCACCGGUUGAAACAUGGCACUGGAUCUUGA